UCCAUACUCUGUUGACAAUCUGUCCUGAAGCAGACUCGUUUGACGGGAUGUGUGAGGAGUGUGUGUGAAUGUGUGUUUCGACUUGGCGUCAUUCCUCCACCGGAACCAUUUUCAGUGCGCAUGAGUGUUGUGUAAGAAGAAGUUUUCUUCCAGUCACUUUGUUUUAAUGGCCGAUAUGUUUGAGCAGCACCCGAGCAAGAUGAGAUGCUCGACUGACUGAAUGGACAUCGAGGACGUCAACAUACGGAUGCCACAGUUAUCUCCUCCCACCAGCAGACGAUGGACUUCAAGGCCUUGAGGGCUAAGUUCCAAGAGGAAGACCUCCUGCUGAGGCAACCCAGAGUGAAACCAAACCUCCCAGAGAAACCCAAAGUGGUCCCUCCUCCCACUAGCCCCACGCAUUACCUCCCAGCAGGGGCCCGCCCUUCCCUGCUGACCUCCAUCAACCAGACACUGAACGGAAGAUCCGUCAUGGCCCCCAGGGUGGUCUUCAAGGAUGAAAAAGAGAGCGAGAAGCCUCUCAAGACAACCUUGUUGGAGAGGAACCAGGGGAAGCUUCUAACCAAGGCUAGCAAGGAGCCGCUCGAUGAGAAUUUGCUGUACCACAAGUUGAUAAAAGACAAGAAGCCCCAGCCAGUGACCACCGCCGAUCUGGUGUCUGCUCCGUACCCCUCGACAGUUCCGAACUCCAAGAAGAAAGGCUUUCUGGGUUUAAAAUGGCCCGCCAAAACUAAUUUGGAUAAUGUUCCGACUGAUCCCAUCUUGGACACGCCCACCCUGGACGGUCCUGUACUGGCUCCGCUCAUCCCGAUACCUCCCGAGUUUGACGACGAGCCAAACUUUUCAUCCUUACCUGAUUCUGAUGGCGCAAUGGCCGUGCCUCCUAGCGUCACCUCACCCCCCUUUUUCAUUUCUGAUAUUCCAGAUCCUUACCUCCCAUCUCCAGAGAGUGAAACACCACUGGAGAUUUCUGUACUUGACCAUCAAGGUAGAAUAAGCUUAGUGCCAAGCCCUAAACCCAUCUCCACCCCUUCGCCCGAAUUCUCCUCCCCUAUGCCGUCACCUUCCAAGCCUGAGCGCGGUGUGACGCCGGUCAGUAUCGAAGCAAUGCUGAAAAACAUUGACGACUCCCCGUCGCCUCUCCCAACCGAGGGUUCCCGUUCAGCUCUCUCAGCCUUGGAGAGGGCGGACGACAUUGGCCAAUAUAGGAGGAGCGGCGCAGCCGACCAAAGGGUCCUCGGCGCCCUGCAGAAGAUCCGCAGGAAGUCAAACCUCAACUUACAGACAAACAGUUCCGUCUCCAGUUCGCCGCCUCCCGAGGAGCUCCACCUACCUCCAAGCCCCACCACUUUGCUAGCAGAACUACCUUCCUUGCAGACCUCUCGGGCUAGACGGCACAGCAGUAAAAUUGGCGGGCAAAGCUCCCCGACGUUGGAGGACACAAAGAAGGGAGGGACUGAAGACAUACCGAUGAUGUUGGAUUCUUUGCCAAGGAAUGUGGACCGAGCCAACCUGGAGGUUGCUCCAAAGAAGCCUGUCAAACCUUCUUCCAUCAAAACGCCCAACUUUGAACCACCACCACCUCCGACGCAACACAAUGCGAUCCCCACGGCUUCCAAUUUAUCAGAAAUGCCCUCGGCUAAUGAUUUUGGGGAUGUGACUUCGAAAACGUUGGCGGCAUCCCAAUGGGGCAACGGGGAGCACACCGGCCCAGAUAUUCCAGACGGGAAUACGCCGUUAUACAUGAACGGAAUCAUGCUGACCGGCAAUCAACCGACUAUCGGCAAUCAAUUACCGGACCAUCCGCGAUCAUUUCCGGUCUCUACGACCGUGAACAGUCAAGCCACGGCAGGGGAUCAAGCUCACGGCAUCGCCUACACGGGAAACUCCGAUCAUGACUUGUUCUCGCCUAAAAGGAGAGCAAAGACGGAAGUGGGGAAGAAGAAGAAAGGACCUCCAAAAAAUCCAUACGCCGAAAGCAUGCAGGAAUAUAAUGAAGGCAAUAAUAAGGCAAGCUUGUUUGGAAAAAGGGACAAGAAGGUCGCGUUGGCGGCCGAGGGGCCCGACGACAAGGAGUUGAAGAAGCGAGAGAAGCAGCGGCUGGAAAAGGAGAAGAAGGAACUGAAGGAAAAGCAAGAGCGGGAGAAGAAAGAGCUGAAGGAGCAGGAGAAGCGCGAGAACGAGAUCAGAAAGAAAUUCAAGAUCACAGGUUCCGAGGAGGCCAUGUACCGAGCGAAGGUUACCGUAACAACCAAAGGACGCAAGGACGACCUGCCCGUCCAGAAGGGCGACGACAUCAGCAUCAUUCGCACCACCAACUGCCCAAAAGGAAAAUGGUUGGCGAGGAACUUCACAAACAACUACGGCUACGUAGCGGUGGACCAUGUGGACCUGGACAUCAAGGAAAUGCUGGAGCUGGGGAGGAACACGUCCGCCACUCGCAUGAGCACCCCAGUGGAAGCGGACACUAGUGUGUCUGUACCUCGGUCGGAUUUUCAUGAUUCUGCCAUUUCCCCUUCCGGCAUUUCCAACCAGUACCCGCAACCGUCCGAGAGCUUCUCGGACGACAGCGAGGAAUGGACCGUUGAUGACGACGAUGCAAUCUCCCCGACAGACACCGCGUACCCACAGGCGCCAUUGAGCAAGAACCGCUCCAUGCCAGACUUGGGAAACGCUGACUUCAACGUUAGCCACCACCACAGUCGCAAUGACCUCCACGCAGGCGGCCAAGCCAAGAAUGAAGCGCUUCAAAAGUUGGCAACAUUUUUCCAUGCACCCAAAGCGGAACAGCCAACUGCCAGCAGCACUUCGGAACCAGAAACAAGGUUUGUGUUUGGAAGCCAACGUCCCAUUCAGCAGCCUCAUGCAAUGGAUUUCGAAUAUCCCGAUCUGCUCAUUUUACCGCCUCCGGAACUCUACGCCGACGAUAGCGAGUAGAAGAGGAAGACGGCAGAGGGUGGCCUUUCAUCACACUGUGACACCUUCACCUUUUUUUUGUUUUUAAAUCAAGUGGACUCACAAGAGAGUGGACCUGCUUUUGGACUUUGUGUUGCGAACCGAUUCAUAACCACGAUCGGAUGAACUUGCAGGUCCCUUUCGAGCCUUUACCAGUCUGCAGUGUUUUAGCCUAUGAGGAAAUAUGAGACGAGUCAACCUUUGCUGACUUUGAUUGGAAGGGGGGGAAAAAGAAAAUUAGGCACGCGUGCGGCCUGCUUUAAACACACCCCAGGCGACAUGAUAAUCAGUCAGGAUAAGAGAUACCCGACAAUCGGGCAUGUACUUAAAAUAUCACAAUUUAGUUUAGAUUGCUGGUUUAGAUUAUGGGAGUGCGCCUAUUAUUUAGUCCAUGAUGAAUAUUGUUUAAAAACACUGAUGGUGACUGGUGAUUUUAAACGCCAUCCCGAAACGUCAUUGUGUUUACCUUCAUUUAGGCACCUUCCGAGACCUUCUCUCUAACAAAGUGUGUGAGAAUAUCAAUUAACACACCACCUCUAACAUUUGUUCGUUUAUUGUCAUCAUUUUCUUUUCUCAAUAUAUACUCAUUAAAGUGCAAAAAUAUCAUAACAGC